AUGGGAAAACUUGCUUCCUCUGUUUUCGUUCUCUUCCUUCACUACUUUUUGGGCUCCUUGGCAUGGAGCAAGGGGAAUUCCACCGUCGACAAAUCUGCACUCCUUGCUUUUAAGGCAUCUAUUGUGGAUCCAUAUAAUCUCCUAGCCAACUGGUCUGACUCUUCUGCUUCUUCUCCCUGUGAUUGGGUUGGUGUUGGAUGCAAUACUCAUCACGGAAGGGUUCAUUACUUGAAUCUUAGUGAUACAGGUCUUAAAGGCAUCAUAUCUGCACAGCUAGGAAAUCUAUCAUUCCUUGUUGAACUUGAUCUAAGCAUCAAUGAUUUUUACGGUGAGAUACCAAAAGAGUGGGUACAAUUGCGUAGGUUGAAACUGCUCAACUUGAGCUACAAUGACUUUCAUGGGCAAGUUCCAACAUGGAUAGGAGGUUUAUCUAUGCUUGAGUACCUGAGUUUUCGAAAUAAUAGUCUUAUUGGAUCUAUUCCAUUAUCUCUAUUCAAUUUAUCAAGGUUAGAGAUCUUGGAUUGGAAUUCUAACUUCAUUCAAGGAAGCAUUCCACUUGAGAUAGGAAGUUUGAAGCACUUGAAGAUGUUACAAAUUGCAGGGAACAAGCUUUCUGAAACUAUUCCACCUACAAUUUUCAGCCUAUCUUCACUUCAAAAAUUGAAUUUGUCUCAUAACACUUUGUCAGGUACUAUACCAUCUUCAUUAUUUAAUAAUUCAGAGCUGCAAGAAUUGUCACUCUCCCAAAAUCAAUUACAUGGCAGUCUCCCAACCAAUGUGUGUAUUGGGCUCCCAAGACUUGAAUUUUUCUCUGUGGCUGAAAACGAUCUCUCCGGUGAAAUGCCAUCUAGUUGGCAUCAAUGCAAAGAACUGAAAGUUUUGGAAUUAGGUUUUAACAGAUUCAACAGAGGAUACAUACCAAGCGACAUUGGAAAUUUACCCAAUCUUCAAGUUUUGAAUCUCAUGAACAACAACUUGGAAGGAGAAAUUCCAUCAUCUCUCUUCACCAAUUCUUCUUUAAGAAUAUUACGUUUAAGACAAAACGGUUUCACUGGGAGUAUACCAACUCUUGGGAAUCAGACAAUGCUGGAAACUUUAAAUCUAAAUAACAACUCCUUUUCAGGUGAAAUUCCUCAAUCUAUCUACAACACACCUUCUUUGAGAAUAGUUGACUUUACCUAUAACUAUUUAAAGGGCAAUUUGCCAGAAGAGAUGUGCUAUAGACUCCCUUUACUUGAAGUUUUUGCAGUUUCUCUUAAUCAUUUUGAGGGAAGUAUUCCAAAGUCAAUAAGUAACUGCACAUAUCUGCGAAGCUUAUUUUUGAAUGAUAACUCAUUUUCAGGUCUUAUACCCAAGGAGAUAGGCAAUCUUGAUAAGCUUGAAGAUUUGAUUUUAGUAACUAAUCAUUUCAGUGGAUCCAUUCCUUCUCAUAUAUUCAACAUUACGACAUUGAGACGUGUCUACCUUCAAGAUAAUUUCUUUUCUAGCUUUCUCCCAUCAAAUUUAGGAAUUGGCCUUCCCAAUCUGCAGGAACUAAUGUUGGGACAAAAUCAAUUUAUUGGACAAAUUCCAAUCAGCAUCUCAAAUGCUUCUAAGCUCACUACUGUAGAUCUAUCAUGGAAUAAGUUUAGUGGAGAUAUACCCACUACGCUUGGGAAUCUAACAAACAUGAUCGCAUUAUAUUCUGAGGAGAAUGAUUUGAAUGGGAUGAUUCCAAGUACAAUUAACAGACUGCAAAACCUUCAACAUUUAAGUCUUAGCAACAACAGAUUGCAAGGGUCCAUCAUAAAUGAAUUGUGCCAAAUCAAAAGUUUGAGUGAAUUGUAUCUAGCCAACAACAUGUUUUCAGGAAUGAUUCCAAAGUGCUUCACAAAUACUUCUUUGCGGAGGUUGAAUUUAAGCUCUAACAAAUUGAUUUCUCAUAUUCCUUCUUCGCUUUGGAGUCUUGAAGAUAUGUUAUUCUUAGACUUAUCCUCCAAUGCAUUGGGUGGAAGAAUUUCUCUAGAGGUGUCAAACUUGAAAGCAAUUAUACUUUUCAAUUUGUCAAGAAAUCAAAUUUCAGGAAACAUCCCGACAACUAUGGGCAAUUUGAAAACAUUGCAAAAUCUAUCUUUGGCUCAUAACAAACUCCAAGGGUCUAUUCCUGAAUCAUUUAGUGGCAUGAUAAGUAUGGAAUCCUUGGAUCUCUCCCAAAAUUAUUUGUCUGGAGUGAUUCCAAAGUCCUUAGAGUUACUUGUCCAAAUGGAGUACAUUAAUCUUUCAUACAAUUUAUUGCAUGGAGAAAUUCCAAAUGGUGGGCCUUUUCCUAAUUUUACAUAUGAAUCUUUUAUGAUGAAUGAAGAUCUUUGUGGGGAGCCCCAGCCAAACGUCCGUCCAUGCAAAAAAGGAAACAAGCACAUCUCAACUAAAAUAUUGCUUGUCAUCAAAUGCUUAUUGCCUAUAGCUUCUGCAAUCAUUUUGGUUGCCUCAUGCCUGAUGUUUCUUAAGUUUAAGAAGGGUCAUGUUAGUCAUGAGAUGAAUAAUAGAGACUCCUUAAAUUUGGAUACAGUGGCUAAGAUAUCCUAUUAUGAUCUUUUGCAAGCAACAAAUGGGUUUGAUGAGAGUAAUUUUCUUGGCAAGGGAAGUUUUGGAUUAGUCUACAAAGGCAUUCUUUCAAAUGGAAAGAUAGUUGCUGCAAAAGCAUUCAACUCAAACUUGCAAGAAGCAUUAAAAAGUUUUGACAUUGAAUGUGCUGCCAUAUGCAAUUUACGUCAUCGAAACCUUAUUAAGAUCAUUAGCAGUUGCUCAAAUGGUGAUUUUAAAUCUCUCGUAAUGGAAUUCAUGCCAAAUGGAAGUCUUGAGAGAUGGUUGUACUCCCAUAACUACUGUUUAGAUAUAGUGCAAAGAUUGGACAUAAUGAUUGAUGUGGCAUCAGCGUUGGAGUAUCUUCAUUAUGGUUCUCCUAUCCCAGUGGUCCAUUGUGAUGUGAAGCCGAGCAACGUUUUAUUGGAUGAAGAUAUGGUGGCCCAUUUAAGUGACUUCGGAAUUGCCAAAUUGCUAAUUAACCGUCAAUCAGAAAUUUAUACAGAAACUUUGGCUACAGUUGGUUAUAUGGCACCAGAGUAUGGAUCAAAAGGAGCAGUUUCAAUGAAAGGAGACGUAUACAGCUUUGGUAUUUUGCUUAUGGAAAUGCUUACAAGGAAGAAGCCAACAGAUGAGAUGUUUACUCAAGAUCUGAAUCUGAAAGAAUUUGUUAGCAAAUCAACGCCACAUUCAAUCAUCAAUAUUGUAGAUGUCAAUUUGCUGCACACAAGCAACCAAAAAAUUGGUAAUAUAUUGCUGCAUAUAUCAUCAAUUUUUGAGUUAGCCCUAAAUUGUUGCGAUGAUGCACCUGAGGCAAGACCUAAUAUGUCAGAGGUUGUGGUGUCACUGGGAAAAACCAAGGUCAUAUUAAUGCAAAAUAUUCAAGGAACCACUAGCUUGUUGGAUAAAUGUUAA